UUCCUCCCUAAAUAGCCCAUCAAGCCCGAAAUAGCAUGUGACCACGUGCUCCCGUUAGCCUCUGUUCGGUGCUCAGGCAACCCCUACAGCAAAUCCGAGAGACCACCGGAGAAGCAACCGUUGCCUUUUCCGUUUCCCUAUCCGCAAUCGUGAGGGAGGUUGAAACGAUCGCCGGGAAGAUGAAGACCCGCUUCCCAACUCUCGCUUCCCUAUUACUCAAAUCCACCCACUACCGCCCCUCUCAAGCCACCUUAAUGUCUCUUCAUCCCCAUCUUCUCAAUCCGCAAUCCUUCUCCUCCGUUUCUUCCAUCCCUCCUUCAUCCCCUUCUUCUCAUCCAUACCCGCGAACUUUGGAGGGAUUGCGUAGCAGGCUAGCUGCCGAGUCGCCGACGCUGUCUGACUUCACGCGGCUCCAAUCGGAUCACGAAUACUCCGUCGAGGUCGGAACGAAGAAGAAGCCGCUCCCGAAGCCCAAGUGGAUGAAGGAAGCGAUCCCUGGAGGAGAGAAGUACACGCGUAUCAAGAAGAAACUGAGAGAGUUGAAACUGCACACGGUAUGCGAAGAGGCUAAAUGUCCUAAUUUGGGAGAAUGUUGGUCCGGCGGUGAAACAGGAACUGCCACUGCGACAAUUAUGAUCCUUGGGGAUACUUGUACUCGAGGGUGCAGGUUCUGCAAUGUAAAGACUUCACGCACCCCACCCCCUCCUGAUCCAGAUGAACCAUACAAUGUGGCUGAGGCAAUUGCUUCAUGGGGUCUGGAUUAUGUUGUGAUAACUAGUGUUGACCGUGAUGAUUUACCUGACCAAGGAAGUGGUCACUUUACCGAGACAGUGCAGAAGCUUAAGGAAUUGAAGCCAGAUAUUCUUAUUGAAGCACUUGUUCCAGACUUUAGAGGGGAUCCUAGUUGUGUUGAGAAAGUUGCAAAGUCUGGAUUAGAUGUUUUUGCUCAUAAUAUUGAAACGGUUGAGGAACUUCAGAGUGUUGUACGAGAUCACCGUGCUAACUUUAAGCAGUCCAUGGAUGUUUUGAUGAUGGCCAAGGAUUAUGCUCCUGUUGGUACUCUUACCAAGACAUCCAUAAUGUUGGGUUGCGGAGAAACACCUGAUCAAAUUGUUAAAACAAUGGAAAAGGUGCGGGCUGCUGGUGUUGAUGUGAUGACAUUUGGUCAGUACAUGAGACCCUCAAAGCGGCAUAUGCCUGUAUCAGAAUAUGUAACUCCUGAGGCUUUUGAGAAGUAUCGACUUCUUGGGAUGCAAAUGGGAUUUCGGUAUGUAGCGUCUGGUCCCAUGGUGAGAUCAUCAUAUAAGGCUGGGGAGUUUUACAUCAAGUCUAUGAUCGAAUCCGAUCGUGCUGCAUCGUUGCCCUAGCCCCCCCCCCCCCCCCCCCCCCCUUUAUGACCAUAUAUUAUAGGCGAAGUUCAUACGAAUAAUCCCUACUUUCAGGGAUUCUACAAUAAUAAUUACUACUCAAAGUAUUCAUAAAAAUAAUCCGAACAUGCAAUGUCGUACACAUAAAUAAAUUGGUGUGAAUUCAAACUAAUGCUCGUUUAAUACUCCAACCACUACCUCCACUUUAUCAAAUAGUGGUAAGAGGAACAAGGGUAAUUUUAAAAAUCUCACUUGCUAAGUCACCUUAGGAGGGAGAAUUGUGCGAGUAGGUGCAUGGGGAAUAGCAAAUGGAAGGUAAUUGACCUAUGUAAAUUUCAUACGAUCUUCUAUUUUUGUUGGCGCCAUCAUGAGUUGAGAUUAUUUUGUUAUAUUUCAAGUACAGAUUAUUAUUGUAGAACCAUUGAACGUAAGAAUUACGCAUAUGAAUUUUGCCUAUAUUGUACUCCAUCACACUAUAUUUAGCUUGCAUUGAUUCUUUCACAAAUUGUUUACCCCCGGUGAAAGCAAGGUGGCCGUUUGUUCAUCUGUAGCAAGAUUAGCAAAAUGGCAGGUAUCACAUACAACAUAAUGGAUAUGUGAGUGUGAAUAGUAUGAUAUUGAACUUAUGGUUGAUUUAAAGCAUUACUGUUCCAAAUAAUUUCUUGCUUGUAUUUCUACAUUGAUCGGAAAUUGUAAUUCAUGUGGUCUGUACAACUUGUUCUACAGGUGGUGCAUUAUAUUCUAUAGGCUUCAUUUGGAAUUACUUCUAAUUCAUAUAAAUUCUCUUGUUCCUGAAACUGAUAUACGCUGCACAGGUUUGAAUACCGAUAUCUGGGAAUUAGGGAAUUCAUGGAUUUUGUCAAUCCCUCAAAUUGUGGUCAAGAUGUUAUCUACUCCCUUUGACCCUCUGUCCCAUUUUAAUUUUAGGCUUUUCUUUAUGACCCGUUCCUAAUUAAUCUCUCUCUUUGUUUGGAAGGAAAGAAUUUUGAGGCUUGUACUAGUCUUUGCUUUCUAAAUAAAUUUUAAUCACGUAAUUUCAUUUCUUAAAUGCCCUGCAAAGCUAACGUGAGAAAAAAAUGAAAAUGACUUGAUGGAAAGAAUCUGUUAAAAUUGUGGUUGAUCGGAACAAGAGCUAGUUUGUGUAGUUCAUGCUGUUUAGAAAUAGCCGUUUGGUUUCUUUGCAGUGUGCCAGUUUAUUUGCUGUCAAUGUAGAAAGUCUUGUUUUAAGCAUCCUGUAUUCGUUGAGGAUUUCAAAUUAUUGCAUUGUGUAUUGUGUUUUCUAAUUAUAAUGUUAUCUUUACUAUUAUUAUUGAUUGUGAUAGCAGAAGACUUUCCAAAUGAUAUGUACAGCUGUUGUCGUGGGUUGCCAACUGUGUGAUAAUUUGAACGGGGAUUGCGUAAAGAACAUCAUUGUUUCCUGAAGGAUAAAGUGGGGACUAUUGACCGUUAGGAAUACAUACCCUAGAAAUGUAAAUGGCCAGACAAUCCUUUUCGGGAUUCUUUAAUUUUGAAAGUGAUCACUUUUUUUAUAAGUAAUGAUUGUAUAUUCCGACACUCCAAGUUUCUUUAAUGAAAGAGCUUGUUAUUUGGGGUGAUUUAAAUUUAGAUAUAUAUAUGUGAGAGCAUCUCCAAUGUUA